CCCUCGCCCUCUCUCCUCUUCUCUCCCUCCUCGCUCCUCUCCUCCACACGCACAAAACGCUCUGUCAUGGCGUCUUCCAACCAUGUUACCCCCACCAACUGUAGCUGGUGGCCCAUCUCAGCCAUGGAUGAAGACGGCAAAAUCACAGAUGGGGAGGAAUGCGAGGAAGCGACGGCAGAGCCCAAACCCUUCAACAAAGACAGGCUGGUUUUGUACCACUGGACGCAGUCUUUCACCUCCCAGAAGGUACGCCUCAUCAUAAACGAGAAGGGUCUGGUCUGUGAGGAGAGGGACGUGAGCUUGCCGCUGCAGGAGCACAAGGAGCCCUGGUUCAUGAGGCUGAACCUGGGGGAGGAGGUGCCCGUCUUCCUGCACGGAGACACCAUCAUCAGCGACUACAACCAGAUCAUAGACUACCUGGAGAAAAACUUCGUCGGAGACACGGUGGCUCAGCUGAUCCCCGAUGCAGACUCGCCUCUCCACGACCGAGUGCAGCAGUACCGGCAGCUCCUGGACGGGCUGCCCAUGGACGCUUACACGCAUGGCUGCAUCCUCCAUCCAGAGCUCACCACCGACUCUAUGAUCCCAAAGUACGCCACCGCAGAAAUACGUAGACAUUUGGCCAAUGCUGCAACGGAGUUGAUGAAGUUGGACCAUGAGGAGCCUCAGCUGACAGAACCGUACCUUUCCAAGCAGAAGAAGCUCAUGGCAAAAAUCUUGGACCACGACAACGUGAACUACUUGAAGAAAAUUCUGGGGGAGUUAGCCAUGGUUUUAGAUCAAGUGGAAGCGGAACUGGAGAAAAGAAAACUAGAGUAUCAAGGUCAGAAGUGUGAGCUGUGGCUUUGUGGACCUGAAUUUACGCUAGCUGAUAUCUGCCUCGGAGCCUUGUUGCACAGGCUCAAGUUCUUGGGACUUUCUAAGAAAUACUGGGAGGACGGCAGCCGGCCCAACCUGCAGUCCUUUUUCCUGCGCGUGCAAAAACGCUACGCUUUUCGCAAGGUGUUGGGCGACAUCCACACGACCCUCCUGUCGGCGGUCCUACCCAACGCCUUCCGGAUGGUAAAAAAGAAGCCGCCGUCCUUCUUCGGGGCCUCUUUUCUCAUGGGCUCGCUGGGCGGGAUGGGCUACUUCGCCUACUGGUUUUUAAAAAAGAAAUACAUGUAGUGAAUGCCCUCCCGUUGUGUUAUUUGUCUGUGUAUUUGUGUGAUGUUUCAACUUUUCUGUAAUGUUUUAUGACUGCAGGAAAAAACAUAAUGAAUCUAUAUAGAGAACACUAUUACUUACCUGGGUGAACAAAGAAAUAUUAAAACAUUCCAUAAUAAGAGAUUCUUGACAGCACACUUUCUGGUGAUCAAGGCCUUCACGGAGUUUCGUUUUCUGGAAACUUGCAGCUGUUGCGCGCGCAAGUUCUCGUUUUCAUUUUGUUGGAGGCAUGCAUCGGGUCCUUUACACUGAAAUCUUAAAGUAGAAACCCAGAUCAAACUUUAAACACUGUAACACCGACAGGGGUUGAACUGACCUCCGCAUGCCACUAUUAUAGUCAUUAUUCAUACCUGCUCUUCACUCCUCCACCGGCCUGAGGUUCACCCAGUGGGAACCACAGGACUGUACACAUGACAAAUACUUAAUAAGUGCUGUGCUGCCAGAAACUGCCAGAUGAUCUAUUGAAAGGACGGAGGCUAACUUUAAAUGAAUGAUUUGACCUUUUGGGGAAUCGUCUUUGUAGGUUUCCUUCUGAGGUGUGGAUGAGAGGAUCGGUAUCAUCUUAAACAUGACACC